AUGAAAUAUCAUCAUGAUACUUUAUUGAAAGCUUAUGAUUAUUUGCUCGAUCGACGUCCUAUAUGUGCACCUAAUUCUGGUUUUCUUAUGCAACUGAUUCGAUACGAGAAGGCAUUGCGCAAUAGUGGAGCGAUUGAUGAACAACAAAAUAAUGAUGACAAACAGAAUCCAAUCAAACCACUCGAUAUGCCGAGUACGUCCAACGUCAAAUAG